CCGUCGCAGGGAGUUGUCGUCGACGACGUCGAGUGCCGCUGGUUUCGCUUCGGGCUUCACGAGUGUUUCCGCGGGGACAUGGCGGUGUGUAGCUUCUUCCUGCAGGGUCGCUGUCGUUACGGGGACAAAUGUUGGAACGAGCACCCGAGAGGAGGGAACCGCGGAGGCGGAGGAGGCGGAGGAGGCUUCAACGACAACUACAGCCGCCCGCAGCAGAGCAGGGGCGGCGGUGGAGGGUAUGGAAACAGAGUUUGGGUAAAUCCAUCUCAGCAGAAAGGAAGUUAUAUCCAGCCUCAGUCCUUCUCCUCACCUGGAGGCAAUGACUGGGGUCGUGGUGGAGGUGGAGGCGGAGGGGGAGGCGGAGGAGCGAGACGAGAAAACUUGAAGAGUUCAGAGUUCUCAUUCUCAAAUCAGAAUAGAUUUUCAUCGCUCAACGACGCUGGCAUCUUUGACAGGAGAGGAGGAGCUGCAGCCGCAGGAGCAGGAGGAACAGCUGGGGAUGAGGAUGAUGAUAAAAAACUGGAGAUUAUUCAGAUGGAUAUGGAUGCUUGGGAAAGUUCAGGCCAGUGGGGCUUCUCGUGUUACUCCGGCUUCAAGACAUGUCUAUCUGGCUUCACUGAUCUCUCUCCAGAAGAGCUCAGGCUUGAGUAUUAUUCCACAAGAGCAUCAGGAGAUUUGCAGGGUUAUCUCAGUGGUGUUAAUCAGUUGGUGAAUCAGUGGAAAACCAGAGUCCAGGAGCUCAAGAUUAUGAAUCGGACCACUCGUGCAGCGUUGCUUGCAGAGUUAAACGGUGCAGCACCUCAGGCAUCAUCAAAUGACUUUGGAUCAACAACGGCGCCUGGAUUUGGAUUCCCUUCAUCCAACUUUGAAAGCAAAGGUUUUGGUGCCCCAGCACAAACCCAGGUAAACAGUUUCAGCUUUGCAGCUCCACAUGCGGGAUUCGGUUCCCCGGCUGCACCGGCGUCUUCAGCGGGUUUCGGAAGUGCUUUACCAGCUUCAGCACAAGCGCCCUCCGGAUUUGGAUCCUCAUCUUCGGCUUCAACAUUCUCCUUUGCAGCCCCAAAUGCUGACAAGCCAGUAGCCUCUUCAGGGUUUGGAUCGGCCUCUGGGUUCAGCUUCUCCUCUACAGCAAACACCGGGGCUGGACAGGGGGCUGGUUUUGGGGCCGGAGCCCCUGCCGCUGCAGUGGGCAGCAACGCUUUCGGACAGACGAGCGGGGGGUUUGGGGCAGUGACUGCUUCGGCAGGAGCUGCAUCUGCCAUGGAGACGUCAGAUGGAUUAUUUUCACCUGAAAAUAAACUGACUCAGGACGAACUUGAUCAGUUCAAGGCGAAGAGAUUCACUCUCGGCCAGAUUCCUUUAAAGCCUCCCCCAGCUAAAAUGUUAAUGGUAUGAUACUGCUUAAAAGCUUCUGCACAGUGGCUCUGUUUAAGGUAGCAACUGCCUGUUUCAUAUGUUAUUAAAUAUACUACAGAUCUUUUUGGGGUUUUUUCUUUUUUAAAGGAAUAGUAGGCCUGUGGGAACAGCUGCACGAUCAACUGCACAUGUUUAAUCUGUAUUUUGUCACCUCCAGAGGCCGUUUUUGAAAUGUAAAUGUCUUCUGUAUUGAGGAGAUGGAAAUAGCAAAGCUUUUGUUCUUGGAGAUGUGGUAGCAUCUGCUGAGGAAGCCUAUAUUACGAGAAAUCACUAAAUUAUGUUUUUUUUUAUUAAUGAAACGUUUGUGUACUAAGAAUACAACUUUCUCAUUGCAGUUUGGCAUCUAUUUUUGAUGAAAUGUUGUAGUUACACACAUCAGUCAGUAGAGGGAGCCACAGUUAAAGCUUAAAUGUGUGCAAGUAAUGUUAAAACAAAUGCUGUUAUCUGACGUUUUUAACUUUGUUCUGACUUGAAAUGACUUCACAUUAAACAAAUCCAAGGCUCUCCCGUCCAGAAUCAAUCACGUGCACGGGCUGGUUACCUUGCAUCAUUUAAAUGAGAGUAAAUUACACAGAUAACAGUGAGUGAAUGAGCUAUUUGGGGAUGUAUGUAUUAGGUGCUGAGCCCCGGAAGGACCCUUGAAAGUAAGGCUUUAACAGACACAGCAGUUCUACAGCGGCUAGUUUAGUACUGACUUGGGCAUAUUUAAGCUUACCAGGAGUGACGUUGGUUGGAAAUGAAAAUGAGCCACAGGGAAAUGUGCCGGCCAGGUCAAAGGCUUUGCGGAUUCAGCUUGAUGCAAUUUGAUGCAAACCUGAAUAUGCUUACAAAACACCAACUGCGAGCAACAGUGUGCAGUUCCUCUUGCAUUUCUGUCAGCAGUAGCCUCACAACCACCCCCUGCUAGCAGAUAAUACAUAAAUAAUUCAGCAGAUUAAAAAGAGACUCACGAAAAGGCACUUGUGCUCUCAUUUCACUGACGCACGUUUGAUUUGCAAUCCAGCUCCAUCAAGUUGCCUGCCUGCUUGUGUUCAUGUAAUGUUUGCAUGAUUGGCGAGCGGAUCAGAGCAGUACUAAACGAGGCUGUGGAUGUCUGCAUUGAUUUUUUUUAUUUUGCAGGGGCAGUAUGCUAAAUUGCAGAAUUUUAUUUCAAUAAGAUUUGAUUGGAUUUGACUCGCCUGACCUUCCUACUUGAAUCCUAUUCUUCUAUUUUUAGGUUUAUAAUACCUUAAAUUCAUAUUAUCCUGUGUUCCUAAGAGGGAACAUGCACUGGGAGAGAUGCUGUACUGGUUCUUCCUCUGCCUUUAAUCCACAACCUGAUCAAAUCUUCUGCAAAAUGAUGACCCAGCCUCAAAAAUAAGUGUAAUUUAACUAAAUGAACUGAAUCCAGCCUUGUAGCUCUUGAUGAAUCAUUUUGCAUCCACUGCCAGAUCUUCAUCUCGCCAAUGCCGUACCAGAGUCUGUCAUAUAUGUUGCAGUUACAUGGUCAGCCCGGUCUCUGCCCCUCUGGUUAUUAAACGCUCCUAGCGCUGUUGGAAGCAUCUUUUUACUGAAUGCAGAUGAAGUGAUUCAGAUUCAGAGCUGGUGUUAUUAGUGUUUGGUGGGGGCUGAUUCCGGGUUGAGCCUCCUUACCUUUACAGCAAAGAACAAGGCACACUAAUUGGAACAAUGAAUCCUGGGGAGGAAUUGAUUGUGUUCUGCAACAUCAGUUUGCCAGUGGGAAACAGUAUAUUGAUUCCAGGCCUGAGAUUUAUACCAUUAGAGAGGCUUGCCUCAUGAGUGACUGAGGUGCACAUAUUUCACCUGAAAGCCAUAUUUUUCCUGGCACCGAGUCCGGACCUGCCUUUCCUGGUUUCCGGAGGUUUAUGGGUUCAUACCAGUAAAACAAAGGCAAUAAAAAUAGAUCUUAGUGAGUCAAUACUGUCACUAAAGAUAGUAUAGACCUCAAUACAUGACGCCUACCGGAGAUAAUAGGAACUAGAAGUGUAUAAUCAUUCUAACAUCUCCACACAAGACUGUGAGGAGAUUUUUGGAUCAAAGAGACACC